AUGCUGAUUUUGUAUGUCGCUUUGUUCGUGCCGGCGCUGAGCUUGGCCGUGAGCGCGGAUCGUCCGUCGAAGACUGCCAGUUUUGUGAAACCGAAGCGAGGAACCGUCGAGAACGACCACGAUGCCCCGCGGGAUUACAAAUUUCACCAAUCGAAGCCGUCCCAAAACGAUAGUCCAAAGUUCCUGUCGUAUUCCAAGGACGCCAAAGGUGUUCAACGAGAAUCCUCGAUAAAUGGUCAGCCGAAUUCUCAUCCCAACGACCAGCUUUCGCCAUAUUUUGGAAACCUGUUCACCAUGACAGCCGGCUACAAAGUAGCGAACGACGCUGUGCCGGUGAAACAAGCUUCGCAUCAAAGCACAGGCGUCCACGGAGUAUCCAAUCUCCAGGUUCCAGUAUACAAGACCAACUACCCAUUGUCUAAAGCUUCUGGAUCUCAGAUCUAUAUGCCCCCGUUCCAGAGCAAUCUGUACUCCAAGAAGACUCCGUUACCGAUUCUGUACGCGCAGAACGGUCAACAGAUCCCCACAAAUUUCGCGAACGUCCAAAGCCAGCCGCUGAUUCUGCACCCCGUGGAUCAGUUCAAUUUCCCAGCGAGGACGCCUAAAGUUAACAACGCUCAGCUGAGCGCGCCCUUCUUAUCGCCUCUUUCCAGUUUUCACAGUCAAGUGAUACCGAUAUCGACGUCCAGCAACAAUCCACAGUUCCCGCAGUACAAAGGCGCCGCCAUAGAAAUUUAUCCGACCGUCGGUGGAUUUUCUCCAGCGAACUACGCGCCCCUCCAGACGCAACAACAAUUGCACUUUGGACAGGGAAACGUCCAACACGUUGGCGGCCAUCGUAAUCUCUCGCCCGCGCAGGAAAUUCGAACCGACGUGGAGAUUAUUAACAAAAAGAAACCCUCCCUCCCCCCACCCAAAACCGACGACGACGAAGACGAGGACGACGAAGGGUACACGCCCCCGGAUAGGGAAUACGCUCCAAACGCGCACGAUGACGACUAUGAAUCGAAACCGGAGAAGCACUUUAAAGCGCCCCGAACGGAGGGUGACUUCAAGCCCUCCACGUAUUUCCCUUUUAAAGAGUACGACGAGAAGUUCGGCAAGUACUCGAGCCAAAAUCACGACGAGGAAGCUGAGGAGAAACCAUUCCCGAAAUAUCGCGAUUACUCUUCGUCGAGCGACGAUGACGAUGGCGAUGACACGCCCUCGGCUAAAUACCAUUCUAAGGAGACCUCGUCCAAGCCUUAUUACAGCAGAGACGAGGAGGAAGAGGAGGAGGAGGAUGGACAAGGUUAUGAGAGCCAAAAAACCGAGGACACUUCGGAUGAUACCUACAGGUCCAAGUACAUCGAUAAAAACGUGGAUGUCGAGUAUGAGGCCUCGCCUAAGCAGAGGUACGCGCACGCGAAGGAAGUACCGGAAGUGGUGUACGGAUCAAAGUACUCGAGCAGAAAUAAAGACGCCUACGAGUCCGACAGCGACGCGACGAGCCAAGGAAGCCGAACAAGUUUUAACUAUCACGAAUUCCCGCAAGUUUUCAACGAUCACGAAGGACAGAGUUCCCAUAUUUCGGUGCAAAUGGCGCACGAGGGAGGUUUUGGAUACAAAUUACCCAAGAAAAUAAGAAGCAAUCGCGCAAAAAUCUUCGCUUGA